UAUAUAUUCCCUCUGAAAUCUACAUUUUAGAGAAAAAGUUUACACCUUUAACCGCCAUUUGGGUGUCCCUCAUCUUCUUGAAAGAAAAGGGUAUGGCUCUUGUGAGUAGAAUUCCUUCAACUUCUCCUUCUUCUGGACCAACCCAAUUGAGAAAUAACAAAUCUUUUGGCCUUAAUCCUAUCUGUUGUAUCAACUAUGCAUCACAUUCAUCUUCCCCUUUUACUGAGAAGCAUUCAAUUGAGAGAUAUCAAAGAGAUAGCUGGAUUUACAAGAAUGAAUUGGAGAAAUCUGGUUCUUGCCCAAUUCUACCUGAUCCAAGCUAUGUUAGGGACUAUGACAUAGCUUUGCAGUUGCCUGAACUGAAGAAAAUGCUUCAGGUUUUGAAGGAAAAGAGAGAAGAAGAAGGAGGGUGUGAUAAAAGAGGACCUGGAAAUGUGUUUUUGGUGGGUACUGGACCAGGUGACCCUGAGUUGUUGACAGUUAAGGCUUUGAGAGUUAUUCAGAAUGCUGAUCUUUUGUUGUAUGAUAGAUUGGUUUCUAAUCAAGUCUUGGAUUUGGUUGGUCCUCAUGCUAGACUUCUCUAUGUUGGUAAAACUGCUGGUUACCAUAGUAGAACUCAGGAAGAAAUUCAUGAGUUGCUUCUGAGUUUUGCUGAAGCUGGGGCAAAUGUUGUGAGACUAAAAGGCGGUGAUCCAUUGGUAUUUGGACGGGGUGGAGAAGAGAUGGAUUUUCUUCAACAAAAGGGAAUUCAAGUUAAAGUUAUUCCAGGUAUUACUGCAGCAUCUGGGAUAUCGGCAGAGUUGGGGAUUCCAUUAACCCAUCGUGGUGUCGCAAAUAGUGUUAGAUUUCUCACUGGUCACUCGAGAAAAGGAGGAACGGACCCGCUUUUUGUUGCAGAGAAUGCAGCUGACCCUGACUCUACAUUAGUUGUUUAUAUGGGCUUGUCAACUCUUCCCUCCCUGGCCUCAAAGCUCAUACAUCAUGGGUUGCCAACUGAUACACCAGCUGUUGCCAUUGAGCGAGGGACAACACCUCAACAACGUAUGGUGUUCGCAGAACUGAAGAAUCUUGCUGAGGAUAUCGCAUCUCACCGGUUAGAGUCACCAACCUUGAUUAUCAUCGGGAAGGUUGUGGCUCUUUCACCAUUAUGGCCACAUUCUGCCGAAGAGACUCCCAUCUUUGUUGAGACUCAAUCGUCCUCCAACACACUGCAAUAGAGCACCCUGCUGAACACAUGAUUGAUCCCAAAAGCUCCUCUCUUUCCUGCAGCGAAGCUAGACACUGCUGCAUGCUAAAUGAUGCACCUGAUCAAUUUUGUUUCAGAAUGCGCAGUGAAGUCUAGUACAAUAGAGGCAAUCUCAUUUCGUGGUGCUAUGGCGGAAUUUGGAGGAAAAUCUCCGGCCAGCAUGAACUCAAAAGGGUCCGAUGUUUACUCUCAUUCCAAUAACUUGGCAACUCCGACUAUAUUUUCGAGAGCCAACAAAUGAUACUAAGAUUUUGUCAAUACCAGAUUCUGUAAGCAAAUACUAAUCCACAAGCAUUCAUCAAGAGGCACGGAAUAUCUAUGAGUAAUUGAUAAUUUUGUAAAAUGAGUUGAAAGUAUAUUCUGUUCUUUGAGCCUUCUUAGUGGUGUCUUUUUAGAAGUUGCUUCUUUCUGUUUUAGUUGGGUGCCAUCAUUGAUUGUAUUUCUUAUCCUCUUCUUGUUGAGCAACACUGCCUUUCCCGUAA